AUGGGUUUGGAUGAUGAGACUGGCGCUGAAGUUUCAGAAGCAAAGACAGCUAAAACGGCUACUGACGUGGAUCAAUCAUCCACAGGGUUGGUUAGAGAACCGAGUGAGAGUUCCAUGUACGUAACUGAGGAUGAUGAUGACGAUGAUGAAGUAAAGAAAAUUGAGUUGGGUCCUCAGUGCACUCUCAAAGAACACAUUGAGAAGGAUAAGGACGAUGAGAGCUUAAGGAGGUGGAAGGAACAGCUUCUUGGGAGUGUGGAUGUUAAUUCUGUUGGAGAAACUCUAGAACCAGAUGUUAAGAUCCUGAGCCUUGCAAUUAAAUCCCCUGAUAGAUCUGACAUAGUUCUUCCUAUUCCUGAGAAUGGAAAUCCCAAGGGCUUGUGGUUUACUUUGAAAGAAGGUAGCCGUUACAGCCUUGAGUUCACUUUCCAGGUCAGCAAUAACAUUGUUUCAGGUCUCAAAUACACUAACGCAGUCUGGAAAACUGCUGUAAAAGUUGAUAGCACAAAAGAGAUGCUCGGAACCUUUAGCCCACAGUCAGAGCCUUACACACAUGUGUUGCCUGAGGACACAACCCCAUCUGGCAUAUUUGCAAGGGGAUCUUAUUCAGCUAGAAGCAAGUUUGUUGAUGAUGACAACAAGUGCUACUUGGAGAUCAAUUACACCUUUGACAUUCGGAAGGACUGGCAAUCGGAGUAA